AUGCAUAUAAAGCAGGAGCCGCGGGCAGCGGGCACCAGCCGCGGGAUCGGGCCCUUCCCGCCGCUCCGCACCGUUCCCGCCCAGGUGAGGCUGUCCGUGCCGGCGGUGACACCGAGCGCUGCCAUGUGGCCGCCGGGGAGCCCCGUGGCGGUGUCGGGCAGCGAGGCGCUGCUGGCGGCCGCCGCGCUGUGCCUGGUGCUGCUGCUGCUGCUGCAGCGGCUGCGGGCGGCCGUGCCCGCGGGGCUGCGGCGGCCGCCGGGCCCGCGGGGUUACCCCGUACUGGGGAACGUGCUGGAGCUGCGCACGGACACGCACCUGGCGCUGACGCGGCUGAGCCGGCGCUACGGGGACGUGAUGGAGGUGCGCAUCGGGACACGGCCCGUGCUGGUGCUCAGCGGGCUGGACACCAUCCGCCAAGCCCUGGUCAAGCAAGGAGAGGACUUCAUGGGACGCCCCGACCUCUACAGCUUCCACUACAUCUCCAACGGGCAGAGCCUGGCAUUCAGCCCCGACUCCGGGGAGGUGUGGAAAGCACGCAGGAAGCUGGCCCAGAGCGCCCUGAAGAGCUUCUCCGUCGCCCCCAGCCCCACCUCGUCCUGCAGCUGCCUGCUGGAGGAGCACGUCUCCAAGGAGGCCGAGUACCUGGUCACCAAGUUCCUGCAGCUGAUGGAGGAGGACAAGAGGUUUGACCUCAACCAGUACCUGGUGGUGUCGGUGGCCAACGUCAUCUGCGCCAUGUGCUUUGGCAAGCGCUACGAGCACGAGGACCAGGAGCUGCUCAGCCUGGUGAACCUGGGCAAUGAGUUUGGGGAGGUGGCUGGGAGCGGCCACCCCGCCGACUUCAUCCCCCUGCUCCGCUACCUGCCCAGCCGCACCAUGGAGGUCUUCAAGGACAUCAACCGGCGCUUCAACGCCUUCGUGCAGAAAAUUGUGCAGGAGCAUUACAGCACCUUUGAUAAGGAGCACAUCCGGGACAUCACGGACUCGCUGAUCGGGCACUGCCAGGAGAACAGCACUGGGGAGGACACUGGCGUCCAGCUCUCCAAUGAGAAGAUCAUCCACAUCGUCAACGACCUCUUUGGGGCAGGCUUUGACACUGUGGCCACAGCCCUAUCCUGGAGCCUCAUGUACGUUGCCUUGUACCCUGACGUCCAGAAGAAGAUCCAUGAAGAGCUGGACCGCACCAUCGGGCGCGAGAGGCGGCCGCGGCUGUCGGACCGGGGCACGCUGCCCUACACGGAAGCCUUCAUCCUGGAGAUGUUCAGGCAUUCCUCCUUCCUGCCCUUCACCAUCCCACACAGCACAACAAAAGCAACAGUGCUGAACGGCUACUACAUCCCCAAAGACACCUGCGUGUUCAUCAACCAGUGGCAAGUGAACCAUGAUGAGGCGCUGUGGAAGGAGCCCUCAGCCUUCAGGCCCGAGCGGUUCCUGAGCGCGGCAGGGACGGAGCUGAACCGUGCCGAGAGCGAGAAGGUUCUGUCCUUCGGGCUGGGCCGGCGCCGCUGCCUCGGCGAGACCAUCGGCCGCUGGGAGAUCUUCCUCUUCCUCACCACGCUGCUGCAGCAGCUGCACUUCAGCCUGAGGCCCGGGGAGCAGGUGGACAUCACUCCGCAGUACGGACUGACCAUGAAGUACAAGAAGUGCGAGGCCUUCCAGAUCCGGCAGCGAUUGCCCGAGAGGAGCUCUCUGUGA